AUGGUGAACUUCACUGUCGAGCAGAUCCGUUCCAUCAUGGACAAGAAGGGCAACAUCCGUAACAUGUCCGUUAUUGCCCACGUCGAUCACGGCAAGUCGACCCUGACUGAUUCGCUGAUCGCCGCAGCUGGUAUCAUCGCCACCGCGAAGGCCGGAGAGGCCCGCUUCAUGGACACCCGCGCCGACGAGCAGGAGCGUUGCAUCACCAUCAAGUCCACCGGUGUGUCGCUCUACUACGCCCUGCCCGACCAGAUCGAGACCCCCAAGUUCGCCGACGGUCGCGACUUCUUGAUCAACUUGAUCGAUUCGCCCGGCCACGUCGAUUUCUCGUCCGAGGUGACGGCUGCCCUCCGUGUGACCGACGGUGCCCUCGUGGUCGUCGAUUGCGUCGAAGGCGUGUGCGUGCAGACCGAGACCGUGCUCCGCCAGGCCCUCGGUGAGCGCAUCAAGCCCGUGCUCAUGGUGAACAAGAUGGACCGCGCCCUUCUCGAGCUCCAGCUCGACCAGGAGGAGGCCUACCAGUCGUUCGCCAAGACUAUCGAGACGGCAAACGUGAUCAUCUCGACCUACCACGACGACGCCCUCGGUGACGUCCAGGUCUACCCCGAGAAGGGCACCGUCGCCUUCGGUUCGGGCCUCCACGGCUGGGGUUUCACCCUGUCCAAGUUCGCCAACAUGUACGCCAAGAAGUUCGGCGUCGAGAAGGAGAAGCUCAUGACCCGUCUCUGGGGCGAGAACUACUUCGAUGCCAAGGCCAAGAAGUGGAAGAAGUCCGCCACCUCGGAGGAGGGCAAGCCGCUCAAGCGCGCCUUCUGCCAGUUCGUGCUCGACCCCAUCUACCGUCUCUUCCACUCGAUCAUGAACCACGAGAGCGAGAAGGUCAACAAGAUGCUCGGCUCGCUCGGCAUCGUGCUCAAGGGUGACGAGAAGGACCAGGUCGGCAAGCCCCUCCUCAAGACCGUGAUGAAGAAGUUCCUCCCGGCCGCCGAUGCGCUCCUUGAGAUGAUCGUCCUCCACCUGCCGUCGCCGGCCAUCGCCCAGAAGUACCGUGUCGACGUGCUCUACGAGGGUCCCCUCGACGACGAGUGCGCCACCGCUAUCCGCAACUGCGAUCCCGAGGGUCCGCUAAUGCUCUACGUCUCGAAGAUGAUCCCGACCUCCGACAAGGGCCGUUUCUACGCCUUCGGUCGCGUCUUCUCCGGCAAGUGCUCCACCGGCCAGAAGGUCCGCAUCAUGGGUCCCAACUACCAGCCCGGCAAGAAGGACGAUCUCUUCAUCAAGAACAUCCAGCGUACCGUGCUCAUGAUGGGCCGUUACACCGAGCCCAUCGAGGACUGCCCGUGCGGUAACACCAUCGGUCUCGUCGGUAUCGAUCAGUACCUCCUCAAGUCCGGUACCAUCACCACCUCGGAGACCGCCCACAACCUCCGCGUGAUGAAGUUCUCCGUGUCGCCCGUCGUGCGCGUCGCCGUCGAGCCCAAGAACCCCUCGGAUCUGCCCAAGCUCGUCGAAGGCCUCAAGCGUCUCUCCAAGUCCGACCCCUGCGUGAGGUGCUACAUCGAAGAGUCCGGUGAGCACAUCGUCGCCGGUGCCGGCGAGCUCCAUCUCGAGAUUUGCCUCAAGGAUCUCCAGGACGAGUUCACCGGAGUCGAGCUCAAGACCACCGACCCCGUCGUGUCGUUCCGCGAGACCGUCACCGACAAGUCCAACCAGACCUGUCUGUCCAAGUCGCCCAACAAGCACAACCGUCUCUACCUCACCGCCGAGCCCUUCGCCGACGGCCUCUCCGAGGCCAUCGAGGACGGCAAGAUCACCCCCCGCGACGACCCCAAGUCCCGCGCCCGCGAGCUCUCCGAGAAGUACGGCUGGGACGUCACCGAGGCCCGUAAGAUCUGGUGCUUCGGCCCCGAGACCACCGGCCCCAACACCCUCGUCGACGUGUCCAAGGGUGUCCAGUACCUUAACGAGAUCAAGGACUCGUUCGUCGCCGCCUUCCAGUGGGCCACCAAGGAGGGUGUGCUCUGCGAGGAGAACAUGCGCUCGAUCAAGUACAACAUCCACGACGUCACCCUCCACACCGACGCCAUCCACCGCGGUGGUGGUCAGAUCAUCCCCACUGCCCGCCGCGUCAUCUACGCUUGCCAGCUCACCGCCUCGCCCCGCCUCAUGGAGCCCGUCUACCUCGUCGAGAUCCAGUGCCCUGAGUCGGCCAUGGGCGGCAUCUACGCCACCCUCAACAGGCGUCGCGGCCACGUCAUCUCUGAGGAGCAGCGUCCCGGCACCCCGCUCUACAACGUCAAGGCCUACCUGCCCGUCAUGGAGUCCUUCGGCUUCACCGCCGAUCUCCGCUCGGCCACUUCCGGCCAGGCCUUCCCCCAGUGCGUGUUCGACCACUGGCAGGUCAUCCAGGGCGACCCCCUCGUCCCCGGCAAGCCCCAGGAGAUCGUCCUCGCCACCCGCAAGAGGAAGGGUCUCGCCCUCGAGAUCCCGCCCCUCGACCGCUUCCUCGACAAGCUGUAA